CACUCUUCUCUUCUUUCAAUUGUAUUCCAUUACAUGUUCUAGUGUGAAACGACUUCGAUUGAGAGCCCAGGUAAUCUUCUGAAAAAUGGCACUUUUCAAUGUCCGUCCAAGCGUGACAUCGCGAUGUGAAGCUCCAUCGCGAACUCCGCGUCCGACCUCUCUCUUACAUCAAUCAUGGCGACAUUAAUACCCCGCGCCGCACGCUCUGCAUUCGCAGAAGCGUCAGCAGCUAAUAUUUUACGAUUAUCGAGACCAUCAAGGUCCUCAAUAGGUCUUCGAGGAAUCGCCACAACACCUCGCAAACCAGCGACUCCAGCAUCAACCUACGUCCGCAAAGAUGUCAAACCUCCCCUCCCUGCAGCAAAGCCUGCAGCUACGACGCCUGCCUCUAAAUCAUCCUCCAUCGACGACCAAUCUCCCAUAAAAGACAUGACCCAAGGUCUUGCUGACGAGCCCUUGAUCUUGGACGAGAACGAGAAGCAAGUAGACUGGACUCGAUCCUUCCACGGUCUUUCUGCCCAGCCCUUCUCCGAAAAGGCGUCAGAGGUGCUCAUGGCUCCGAUUCCGUUUGAUGAUGUGGAGGUCAAGCCUGAUGGGAUUAUUUAUCUGCCAGAGAUUAAGUAUAGGAGGAUACUGAAUAGAGCAUUUGGGCCGGGAGGCUGGGGUUUAGCGCCGAGAGGAGAGACGAUUGUUACGGGAAAGAGUAUCACGAGGGAAUAUGCGCUGGUUGCUCAUGGACGGUUAGUAUCUGUCGCUCGAGGCGAGCAAGACUAUUUCUCCCCAGAAGGCAUACCGACCGCGACCGAAGGAUGCAAAUCGAAUGCUCUGAUGCGAUGUUGUAAGGACUUGGGGGUUGCGAGUGAGUUAUGGGACCCACGAUACAUUAGGACGUUCAUGAAGGAGAAGGCGAAGCAGAUCUGGGUUGAGCAUGUCCUGACCAAGAAGAAGAAGCAGAUUUGGAUCAGAAAUGGUGAUGAACCUAGAUACCCAUUUGUUCUGUCGAAAUUUGGUGCAUAAAUGGAGCUUUUUGGUACAUAUACAGAGGUCAUUGAAAGACAGGACGAAAUUGUGCAUAGAGACAUGAUGUGUAUCAUAGAAGCAAUGGCCCUCGAGAAAGCGUUGAGAUGGCAGUAGAUCGUGCACCAGGUGGCACUUGCAACACAGAGCUCUCGACCUCAUACCUAGGUAGACUUGGACUUGUCAAGAAUGAAGACAGCUCUGGAAGAACCAUAUCUCCAC